AGAAUAAGAGGAUGUUUUAAAAAGAGGGAUGGUGCAGUCUUGUAGAAGCUGUAACAGUUCACGUUACUUUUGUUUCGCUUUGAUCUUACGUUCGUUAAGAUUGUUUUAGAGUGUUCGUUUGUUACUUCGCAGGAAGAUCAUCGUGUAAAAAUAUGUUUGUCGCAUUCUUUACUUUUGUGCUUGCGACAGCAUACGCUGCAGAGGAUAUACCCUCCUAUGUUCAUGUGUGUGGUCGCAAUGAUCCAAACUAUGGUGACUGCGUCUUGGACAAUAUCAACAAUAUGAAGCCCCUGAUUUGUACAGGGAUGCCAGAAUUAAACGUUCCUCCCCAAGAGCCAGUAAUUAUUGACAAAAUGGUUAUUUUCGAUACAAAUAAUCUUAAGUUAAUUCUCGAAGACGCAAAAAUAUUUGGAAUUUGCAAUUUCGAUGUACAAUCUUUUAAUAUGAGCCUUGACAAGCUUCACUUUGAUUUUACUUUCGUACUUAAACAUCUUAAUAUGGACACUGUAUAUGACAUUGACAUACGUGUAUUGGUGUCACUUGCUAAUAAGGGAAUAGCUCACAUUUCUGCAGAUAACGUAAAUGGAAAACUAAGCGUACAGCUUAAAGAAGUAACCAAGAAUGGUAAAACAGAAAUAUAUGUAUCGAAGGCAAACACGAAUUUAGAUAUUCUAGAUAAAAAAUUUAUGUAUGAGUUCGACGAUAGUGAAAAAGACUUAGUUCAACUACAUGAAGUUAUUAGAAAUACCGUAAGUGAAAACGAAAAAGAAAUUCUGAGUAAAAUUAAGCCUAUACUAGAAGCAAGAGUUUCUAAAAUGGCUAUUGAAACUGGUAACAAUGUAACUUACAAUAGAUUUGAUCAAUUGUUUCCCAACGAAGCACCAUAAAUGACCUAGAAUUUUGAGAUUGUUACAGAAUGUGAUACGCAUCCUGUAAUGUAUCUGUUCUGAUCAAAGAAUAAUUGAAAUAUAUUUUGUAUAAGUCGUAAAUUAUUAAUAAAGUGACAUUAUUUUAAACAUUGACGAUAUGUUUUAGUUAAGUGGCAUAACGAAAACAAACGAUUAACUGUUAUAGAUAGAUUAUUAGCGCGGAACAGCAUAGAUUUGUAUGAAAUAAAUUUAUUCUCAGAUAAAAUUGUUAUGUGUCUGUGUAUCGCUUCGUACACUUAUUUAAAUAAAUAUAUUAAAUUUCGCAAUAAA